ACAUCAAUUCCUCUUUUCAUCAUCAGCAUAUUCCUGAAAUCCAAGAAAUACAAAAGCUAUGGCUAGGCUCUCUCGGCUUCCAAUUGCUUUCGCUCUUCUCCUUGCUUUUGCCUUUGCUAUGCAAACGUCAAAUGCUGGCAAGGAAGGAUCAUUGACCCUUCAACAAUGUCCUGAUGCUUGUAGCUAUCGUUGUUCCCAAACACAAUACAGGAACAGAUGCCUUGAGUUCUGCAACUAUUGCUGCGUUAGAUGUUUGUGUGUUCCAUCUGGUUUUUAUGGUAAUAGGGAGGAAUGUCCGUGCUACAAUAACAUUAAAACCAAGGAAGGCACUAACAAGUGCCCAUGAAGGCUGAAGCUUUGUUAUUCAUUCUAAUAAAGAGAUGUCAAUAAA